AUGGCUUCUGCAGGUCUCCAGGUCCUGGGCAUCUUUCUGGCCUCCAUUGGCUUUCUGGGAGACAUCAUCAUCUGCGCCCUGCCCAUGUGGAAGGUCUCUGCUUUCAUUGGGAACAACAUCGUGACAGCACAGAUCUUCUGGGAAGGACUGUGGAUGAACUGUGUGAAGCAGAGCACUGGACAGAUGCAGUGCAAGGUCUACGACUCCAUGCUGGCUCUGCCCCGUGACCUGCAGGCGGCCCGGGCCCUGGUUGUGAUCUCCAUCCUGGUCGUCCUCAUGGGCAUCCUGCUUGCCGUCGCAGGGGGUAAGUGCACUAACUGCAUUGAAGAUGAGGUGGCCAAGAGCAAGGUGGCCAUCGCUGCGGGAGUGUUCUUCAUUGUCGGCGGCAUCCUGUGCCUGAUCCCUGUAUCCUGGUCUGCGAACGAGGUCAUCAGGAACUUCUACAACCCCAUUAUGAUUGACGCACAGAGGAGGGAGCUUUUUUUUUUUGGCAAAAUGCAGACUCAGCUGGUUGGUAUGUGUUUGGCAAUCAUCGGAUUUCUUGGCACCAUCCUUAUCUGCGGACUGCCCAUGUGGAAGGUGACAGCCUUCGUUGGAGCAAGCAUCGUAACAGCUCAGGUCUUCUGGGAGGGUUUGUGGAUGAACUGCGUGAUCCAGAGCACGGGUCAUUUGCAGUGUAAGGCCUACGACUCCAUUCUGGCUUUGCCACAAGAACUGCAGGCUUCCAGGGCUCUGAUCUGUGUCUCCAUCGGCGUCAGCGUGGUGGCCAUCGGCCUCUCUGUGGUCGGGGCCCGCUGCACCAACUUCUACCAUGACAACUGGCUGACAAAAGCUAACGUUGGCCUGGCUGGAGCUGUGGUGUUUAUAUUGGCAGGGCUGCUGUGUAUUAUUCCUGUCAGCUGGUCGGCCAGCAUCAUCAUCACAGGUUUCUACAACCCCCUGCCCACCGAAGAGAGACGGGGGGAGCUCGGGGCUUCCAUAUAUGUGGGCUGGGCGUCCGGAGCUCUGCUCAUCAUUGGAGGAGGGGUUUUGUGUAGCACCUACAGAUGCUGAGGACAAGAACAAGAGAGCGAGGAGUAGAGUGCAGGAUGCUGUCCAUCAAAAACCAACUGUAGUUGAAAAUAUACAGAAAUGUGUUUACUGUGAUUAACUUUCUUUGUUUCAGUCUUUGUUUAAAGCUCCUUUUUAAAGCUUAGAUAAUUGCACUAUACUGACAUUUUACAAGAAAUCAGCUCAAAUCUGUGUGUGAAUUGAACUGAAGUGUGAAUGGUAAAUUGCACAACCAGGGCAUCUAGUGUUUAUGGUUGUUUUUAAAAUGAAGAAUUUCAAAAUGAUGUCUAUUUGAGGUAAUGUGAUAUUACUGGAUGUUAACUGCAAAAAGUUGUUUAGUGAGUUUAGUGUUUUAUUACUUUAUGUGGCACAAAUUGUGAAUGCUGCAUGAAUAGCCAGUUUUUAAGACCUUUAAAGACCCCUGGUGUCAAAAUCACAUCUUAAAUAGUAUUUUUUUAACUGCUGGUGUGGUAAGGAAACUUCUCUUUGUUUGCAUAACCAUAAUAAGGCAAAGAAGUCAGUUGAGAAAAACAUUAUUGUUGCUCUUCAUUAUUACGCACAUGAGAGUUGUGAAAGUUGAAUCGUACUGGAAACAACUAACCUGUCUGUGUUCUUCAGUAUUGACUGCUGAGCUGCUCAGUUGUAGGCCAUGCUUAGCCAUGUCAAGUGGAGGAAACUACUGUAUGAGUGUUUGUGUCUUUGUGUCUUAACAUGCCAAUAAAUUCACCUUGUAUAU